UGCAAAACACGCCAGAGAGCGCAAGGGUCGUCCGUCACUUGCACAUUCACAGUCAACGACAUCGCCAUUCACAGUCAACGACAUCGCCAUGGGAGGCAUCCAUACCUUCCAUCAGCUCUGUAUGAGCUUGUGCGCGCUCGUCGGGAUUGGCGGUGCAGGCUACGCUGUCGCCACGACUUCCUUCGACUUCCACGCCAAUGCUCUGCAAUCGUCGAUCGUCCAGAUUCUACUCCUGGGAGGCCUCUUUGCCCUAUCGUUCCUCCUGUUCCUGGCCACCGCGCUUGGAGCAGCACUGCCUGUUAGGUGGUUUGGCAUGAUGGGAAGCUUCACUGGCAGUGGAAUCUACGCCAUCUACCUCGGGCUCCUCGUAUCCCAUCACGUUGACAACAUUGUUGGCACUACCGGCACCUUCAUGUGCAUCGCCGUGGGCAUUGCCAGCGCCUUGUACGGCCUUGCAUGGCGUGAAAAGGACAGCUCUGGUUACUCUGCAUUUGUGUAAACAGCUUUAAUAACCUCGACUCUACUUCGUGU